AUGCCGCGUCUCGCAAGGCGCCCGUGGGCGAGACGGGCCCGCCGCUGUGCCGCCUCCGCGGGGCUCCGUCCAUUCUGGGUGCGGCGCCUUUUGAAGAGCCUCUGGCAGAGCGCCGCGCUCUGCUGGUGGUGGUGCUGGAGCAGCGCCGUCUUUUGGCUCCGCCUGGCGCGGUCCCUGGCCCGGCCCCGGCCCCGGCCCCGAACGAGGCCCCUCCCGCAGCUCCGCCCGCAGCCGCCUCGCAGCCGCCCGGCUCCCGCCCCGUCGCCGGCAGCUUCUCCGGUGCGAGCCCCGCCGCCCGUCAGCUCGGCCGCCGGCCCCGAGCCGCCGGAGCCCAGGGCGGCUCGGGAAGCAGCAGCGCCCGGGGCGGACGGCUGCCCCGGGCAGAAUGCCGAGAGCGCCGCGCCAGCCGCACGGGCGGAGAAGCCUCCCCUGGAGCAGCUCUACCGGGAGGGCCCGCUGCUGGGGAGCGGCGGCUGCGGCAGCGUUUACGCCGGGACCCGGCUCGCCGACGGCGCCCCGGUGGCCAUCAAGCGAGUGCCCCGCGAUCGCAUCUGGGAGUGGGCGCGGCUGCACGACGGCGCCCUUGUGCCCCUGGAGCUGGUGCUGCUCUCGAUGGUGUCGUGCCCUGGCUUCCGCGGCGUCGUACACCUCCUGGACUGGUUCGAGCUGCCCGACGGCUUCGCGCUGGUCAUGGAGCGUCCGGAGCGCUGCCGCGACCUGUGGGACCUGCUGGACGCGGGCGGGUCCCUGCCAGAGCCCGUGGCGCGGGGGCUGUUCCGCCAGGUGCUGCAGGCCGUGCAGCACUGCACCAGCCGCGGUGUCCUGCACCGCGACAUCAAGGCCGAGAACGUCCUCGUCGACCUGGCCACCGGCGACGCGAAGCUCAUCGAUUUCGGCUGUGGCACGAUCCUCCAGGACACCUUCUACACCUGGAUGGCAGGAACGCGCGAGUACUACCCGCCGGAGUGGAUCCUCUUCGGCUGCUACCACGGCCAGCCAGCCACCAUCUGGUCCCUGGGCAUCCUGCUCUAUCACCUGGUGUGCGGGCACCUUCCUUUCACAACCAGAGAGGACAUCGUUCGGGGCCAGCUCUUCUUCCCGCCCCGGGUGUCUCAAGAGUGCCAGCACCUCAUCAGGUGGUGUUUAUCUAUGGACCCUGCAGACAGGCCAUGCCUGGAAGACGUCCUAGAGCAUUCUUGGCUGCAGAAGCCCCACCUGGCCCAGGAGACAGCAGAGAUCCAUCCUCUGCACAGUAGGAUCCAGGAGCCCAGCAAGUACCAGCUGCUCGCGUCUUCGUGGCGCUCAGAGAAAUCUCCAGAGCGUUUCCCUGCGGCUGCGCCGAGGCACAGCUGGCGUGUUCUUGUGGAGCACGAUGCGGAGCCGGAGAACGCCAUCCUCGAGCUGGCCGCUGGCGGAGCGAAGCCGAUGGGCUUUGGAAGAUUGCACCCGGUGCCCAGACCGCAUGAGGAAGCGCCGGCACCGUCCGUGGAGCCCGUCCAGUGCCGGCGCUACCCCGGGGGGGCCACGGUGUGCGGGGACAUCCCUUUCAGGAAGGACGAGGACCUCGUGUGGGAUCAGCUCCUCUCCCCGCAGCAGGUCUCCAGAGGCUACCAGCACCUCAUGCCAUGGAAAGGGCACCGCUCGGCCUGCCAGUCUGGGAGGGCUGGAGUACAAGAAGGCGGCUUGUGCUAG